AUGGAAACUGACUCCAUUCCGGAUGGCCUACCUCUACUUGACCUCCCCGCUGACGUGCUCUACCGUAUUCUCGAUUUUAUGCCGACCAAGGAUGUCUUAAAACUUCGAAAUCUACACAGCUUCGUUGACCACUACAUCAACAACGAGCGGACAGUCUUCGAUUUUUUCGCCAUGUCAAUCAUGCGAAGGCCAGUGGAUGAACUCAGCCGCAUGUCGGAGAACAUCACCCGCCUCAGUAUCGAUGGACGUUCACAAACCUGGAAACAAUUUGAAAAACUCGCCUGUGGCCAUAGGAAUACGAUUUACGUCAAUCUACUGGUACUAACGGCGAAGCGCGUGGCUAUCCAAAUUGGCGACGAAUUCUUGAAAAUGGCUGAUCGUGGAGCUUUUCGGGCAAAGGUCAUUCACAUCUACGAUACCCGGCUGGACGCGAAAGUGCAGACGAUGAUUAAGAACUCCCGUGCCGAGAUCAUCAAUAUGACGAACGUGGCCGGGUCGACGAACGACUUUCUGCCCGUACCGGAAACGUGUCACCGGCUGAGCAUCUAUUGGGCUGUCCCCGGCGGCGUACCGGCAGAUGUGCCCAAUCGACGAAGGGUUGGCGUCUAUCGUCCGGUUGUCGAUUUGACGGAAGCGACUGGCUUGAAGGAGGUGAUCAUCGACAAACAUCCACGCCAAACGCUGGUUGCUGGUUCCACGGUGACGCUGCUCAACGACCUGAGAACCGGCCAUCGGGCCCAGAACGCCCUCGAGAAUUUACGGCUGCGCUUCACGGCUCGAUACUGGACGUUUGAAGAAACGGCAACUAGAUAUUACCUACUACAUGAAAGUGUUUCGUUCUUUAUCCGGAAGUCGGAGGCA